UUGUAUUGUUGUAUUAUGACAUGCAAUGCCAAACUUUUUUGUUGACAAACUUCAAAUUCAUUCACCCCCCCCCCCUCCACACCCGGUAAUUAAUCCCAUAAAAGAAACUCAUAAUUCAUGCAACUGUCCUGAAUACAUGUAGUUCAGGUGAUCUUCAUGAAUAUAAUGUGAUGUACAUGUACAUGUAUGUAUAGGUUCACUCCUUUGUCACCAGGUUUAAGGUCAUGAACACAGUACACCACACGUAUGCACUGGCUGCAUUGUGUGUGUUCUAUAAUUAGAUACAAGCCCAGCAGGCAGGCAGGCAGUGGGAUUUCCCCAGAAUCUAAAUAUAGCGCAUGGAGGGUACAGAGUCCGGUCCCGCCGCCAUUUUUCAACGGAACUGACAAGCUGAUGUUAAAAAGAACCGAUGUGAAUGCUGAUUUCCAGAAAGCACAUCUGGUCAUGGCAUCAGACGAAUCGUACACAUCUGGUGAUCACAGCAUCGUGUCCGACACUUUAGAAUGCAAAGUUUGCAUGGAAAAAUAUGGCAAGAACAGAGAGCCCAAAGUGCUGCCCUGUGGACACACGUAUUGCCACAUCUGCCUUGACCAAUGUUGUCGGGGUACGAUGAUCCACUGCCCAAAAUGCCGGAGGGAACAUCCAGUUCCAUUUGGCGGAGUGGAAAAGCUUCCCAAGAACUUCGUUAUUCAAGACCUUCUGGACCACCGUAACACAAAACGUCAAGUUUCAAAGUUGAGAACAAAGGAAUCGCAAGAGUCUAGCCCUCAUCAGAGGAAGGAAGCAGCCAAAGGGUCCUUGUCUAAAGAGACUCAGCAACUCCUCUCAACCCUGAGGGUUUCCGUCAAAGAUGUUGAUCAGUCUGGUACACUGUUAGGAGACACCAUCAAUAAAAUCCAGAGCGAGCGGGCAGUGCUCUCAGACACGUACAAGACGACGAAGAGCUCCAUCAAGAAAGUUUUGGGAGACAUCGUCAAGGCUGCCAAUCAUCGAAAGGAUGAACUCUUGAAUGAGCUGGAGGAAUCUUUCAAGGAAUGUAAGGCCCUGCUAACGGCUCAGGAAGAAGAGUACAAAGAAGAGAAGGCAUCACAUGAAGAGUACUGCAAAGGGCUGAGGAAGAGUCUGAAGGACUUUGAGAAAGCUGAGGAAGCUCAUGUUGGAGAGUUGGAAAUGUGCAUCCAAGAGGCUCAAGCGAAGGCCAGAAGCUUUCACCACGGGAAAGAAGUGGCAUCUGACAGGUUGGUCUUCAGCGACGACCACUGCGGGGAUAUUCUCAGCAACAUCAAGACCUGGGGUAACCUGAAGAAGGAGCACUGCCCCAUCAAGGUCCCACAUCCCUCUUGCCAAGCUUCAGGAUCCAAUCCUUCAGUCUCCGACACGGCUGGAGAGAGUCUGAGUCAAUAUGCCAUGAAGGACAAGUCAGUGAGGACGUACGGCAAUCAGCCCGGUACUCAGUUGAACUCCCCAAGCUGUGUAACCGAGCUACCAAAUGGGGAUGUUGCCGUGGGGUCUGCAAUGUCUUACACGAUCAGCAUCUUUUCAUCUCCACAAGACAAGAGAUCUAUUAGUCUCGGUAUUCCUCCCGGGGAAAAAUUCAACGAUGGAGUAACAGGCAUGUGUAUGAGCCCAACGGGCCGACUCUAUGUGAGUAAUCCUGACAUGAAUACAGUUCACGUCUUAGCGUUGGAUGGCAAGUCACAUUACCAACUACAGGCACACACUACCAGGGAUGAAGAAUUCUCUCCAAGGGGUAUGGCUUGUACCGCGAGUGGGGAGCUGUAUGUCUGUGACUGGGCCAACCAUACCGUCCGCGUCUUUGACCAGAGUGUUGAGAUCAGGCGAUUCGGUGCACGUGGUAAGGAACCGGGGCAGUUCAAUCGUCCCAGUGACAUCGCUCUGAUGCCUGACGGGGACGUGGCUGUGGCAGAUUUCAAUAAUCACAGAAUACAGGUGUGUGACGGCAAAACUGGAAACUUCCUUUGGUUAUUUGGGACAGAGGGUUGUGGUAUUGGCCAACUGAAAGGACCAACGGGCGUUGCUGUGGAUUCUGAGGGUUACAUCGCAGUGUCGGAGCGUCUCAACAACAGAGUGCAGCUUUUCAAUAAGAAAGGAAAACCAUUCAAGAUACUGGGUGGGCAAGGGGAGGGGUCGGACCAAUUGAAAACACCGAUGGGUGUCACUAUUUCCAGAGAUAACCAGAUACUUGUCUGCGACAGCAGGAAUGAUAGGGUCCUGGUGUUCUAAAGUAGAUAGAAUUGAGGACAAGUCACUAGACAAUGGUGUUUUGUCUGUCAGUGUCCCCACUACCUACUAGCCCCAGUGCUGUGUAUCAUGUUUGUUAUGUAUCAUGUUCACUAUUUCGACGGAUAUUCAUGUUCCCAGCAAAACGUAUGUUAUGUUUCCACAGAGAGAGCCAAUGAUGCAUGUAGCUCAUCAGUACCGCUAAAGUCCUGCAAUCUUAGGCUAAAACCAGCCUUUUUCAGAUUUUAUUUUCAAAUCACUUUUAAAGUUACAGAAUUUUGAACACAACCACAAAUUUUAAAGUUCUGUCAACGGAGCAUAAAAAAGGUAAGUGUGCUUUCGGCAAAAUAAUUCACAUACAUCCUUUUUUUAUGAUCCGUGGACAGAACUUUUAAACGGUGUUUGCGUUUAAUAUUCCUUAACUUGAAAAGUACACAA